AAGACGGAUUUCCGAACCAAGUGUAGCAAACUAGCUUGUACUUUGUUUACGUCCCGUUGGUUAGCUGACAGCUGUUGUAGCGCUCUACUCUCGCAAACAACCGUGUCUGCGUGUCUUUGGUGGUUGCCUGGAGCUUCGUAAACUUUAAACCGAGUGUUCUGGAUGUCGUGGAUGGAAUGAUUUGUUGAAUGAGGGGGACCCGCUAGAUGCUGACAGGAGGAUGAACUCCAUCACCGUUCGGGUUCUCGCCAUCCCCGCCGCCUCUGUCACCAACUCUGGAGCUUCAUCCUCUCGAGCCUUACAUGUAGAGCUCACAUCCCAGCAGAGACGAUUGCGUCAUCUCCGGAGCAUAGCGGCCAGAAACAUCGUCAACAAGAAUGGUUCCCCCCUGCUGGACACUUACUUCACCCUUCAUCUCUGUGUAGCAGAUCGCAUAUCUCGAGAUUUUUACAAGAGUGAGGUCAUACGAGACUCGCUGAAUCCAACUUGGCGGAGCCUGGACUUUGGCAUGCUACCGGACCUUCUGGACACGUCGGUCUCUUGCUUCAUGGUGAGGAUCUGGGGAGGACAGGAGGAACAGUACCAACUCCUCAUAGAAUGGAAGGUCAACCUGGAUGGCCUCAGAUACACAGGACAGCAGAUUCGAUCCAGGAAUCCAAAUGAGAUCAUAUUUGGAUUGAAUGAUGGCUACUAUGCAGCUGACUUCGAUCAUAAGGAUCUUUCGGAGAGGAAGAAAAACAGUCUGCUUCAGGUCGACCAGAGCUCAGUCAGAAGCUCCUACAGUGUUUUCUCUUUGCUCAGGCUUCACACAGCCCAGAGAGCCAUCAAGCAGACCCAAGUGACAGUGCAGAAGAUUGGGAAGGAGAUCGAGGAAAAACUAAGGACAACCGCAACCUGCACAGAGCGGAAGAAAGAGCGAGAGUGCAUGCAGCUGCGUUUAGCUGUGCUGCGUAGUGAACUGCAGCGGCAGAGGAAGGCUCUGGGCAGAGAGAUAGACCUGCGGCAGAAGGACAGAGCACAGCUUCAGAAGAAAGAGGAAGCGUUCUCCGCUCAGCACGAGAUUCUGAAGGAGGAGAAAGAAUCUUUAACCAAGCUGCAGAAGGAAUGCACUGCCAAGAGAGAGCAGUUCCUCAAGUCCAACGCCCAGCUCACCUUCCGCUGUCGUCAGCUCCUCUCUGAGCUUUCCUACAUCUAUCCCAUCGAUGUGGCCAAUCAAUCAGAUUAUGUCAUCUGCGGAGUGAAGCUGCCAAACUCUGAGGACUUUCAAGCAAAGGAAGAUGGUAGCGUGGCUGUCGCCCUGGGUUACACGUCGCACCUGGUCCUCAUGAUCUCGUGCUUCCUGCAGAUCCCUCUUCGGUAUCCGGUGAUCCACAAAGGUUCCCGCUCCUCCAUCAAGGACACCAUCACUGACAGACUCACUGAGAAGGAGAGAGAAUUCCCUUUGUACCCCAGAGGAGAGCGCUUUCAUUUUGAAUAUGGUGUCUACUUACUCAACAAGAACAUUGCCCAGCUGAGAUAUCAACAUGGCUUGACCACCCCAGAUCUGCAGCAGACACUACCCAACCUGAAGAACUUCUUGGAGCACGGUCUGCUGGUCCGAUGUGAUAGACACCAUGUCUCUAGUUCUAUCCCAGUGCCGGCCAAGUCUCAGCUUGGUGUGUCUGCUGCCUCAGAGACGGGCUACCCCAGCCACACCAGCUCCCCAGACCGAGGCCUGAGGAAAAGGGCGAGUUCAGAGGCAGAUAAGUACAAGCCAACUCCUCCACCCAGCUACAACACAGCCAUGGAUGAAGAGCAGACUCCGGUUGGCCUGGCACCGCCCUCACCUUCACCCAAACACCUAUCCUCCUCCCUUGAUGCCGGCAUGGCAGCACUUAACCUGGCCAAGACUACGGAGCCUAACAAGGAGGGAGAGCAGAAGGAAGAGAAGGAGGAGAGCAGGGAGACAGUGGUGGAGGCUGAGAGACGCAGAAGCUUUGACGGAGAGAUUGAAGUAGAUAAAGAAGAAGACACGGAGGAGCAACCCCACAGUAGCACCGUUGUGCCCAACUCUUCUACAGGGCAGGACACGGGUGAUGAAUUGGUGCCAACUAGUCAGCACACAGCUGCAAUGAAUGGCUCUUUGGUGCCAGGGCAGGCGCCUGUUGGUCUGGUCCCAGAGAUGCGCUGCUCUGUGGAGCAAGCUGAGGAGAUCAUGGGCACAGAGGCCACUGGUUUAGGCUUGGGGUUAGGGCUAGGACUUGCAGAUGAGGCCCGGAUUGAAGACUACCGCUGUAUCCCUGUGGACCACGCAGUAGCUGUGGAGUGUGACGAACAGGUGCUGGGAGAGCUGGACGCUGCGGGAUUUGAGGAGUUCUCCAGGCGCAUCUAUGCACUAAAUGAGAACAUGUCCAGCUUCCGCAGACCGCGCAAGAACUCUGAUAAGUGAGGCACAGGACCUAAGGAAAGAGGAAGGCAUAAAAUAACUUGCACAGGGUGUUUGGACAAAUACAAGGCAGGGACAUCAGGGCAAUGGUGGGGUCCCCACUCCGUUAUCGCAGCAUCAAAAAUCAUAGGAGCUAUUCUGUAAUAACGACCAAUUUGCACCUAUUGUAAACAUUUCCAUAGUAAUCUUUUAACUGAAAUACAGUUAAACUGCAAGUAUUGGGACAGUAAGCUUUACUUCUAUUUUUGAUGCCAGCCUUAAUAUAUCUUUUUUAAAUGGAUGGGACACUGAAUCAUUAUUCAGACAUUUUUGUUCACAAAAUAAUUUGGCCUCAUUGAAUUAGUGAUAUUGUAGUCUGUUGUUCCAUAACGGGGCGCCAUUAAUGUAAAACAACAACAUGUGCAUCACUCACUUUGUUUUCAAACCCUUUCUGCAGUAACAGCCCUUAACUUCUUGUACAAAACAUCAUCGUCUCUAAACUGCAUUUAAGAUUUACUGUGCAGCCUCAGUGCAUCAGUCAAUAAAUGUUUCCAUGCAGCAUUUCUUUGACAUUGUAUAAAUUAUAGAAUAAUUAACAUAAACAACAGACACACACAGAGAAUAGUUGCAACUAGAGUCGUUAUCAAAGUGAAUCAUCUUCACUGAGUCUGCUGUCCCAGCACUUACACCUUUGACUGUACAAGCAAAUGUUUAGAUGCUUCCUGAGCUGUGUGUGUGUGUGUGUGUGUGUGUGUGUGUGUGUGUGUCUGUGUGUGUGUGUGUGUGUGUGUGUCUGUGCGUGUGUGUGUGUCUCACAGCUUCACAUUAGCAUGCAACCACAGUUACAUUUAGGAUUCAAGUAAUCCCACCGAUGACCUUUGAACAUGGCAGGGUUUGCAACCGCAAAGUGAGGUGGGAGCUGGAAGCAGUGGCCCCCAUCAGAUAUUCCCUAACUAUGAACACGGCAUCCCCCACAACAGCUCAGCCCAGCCCUCAUUCUCCACACGGAGUCGAGUUUCUCCUUCAGGUCUUUGGAUGAGGAUCGGGUGGCAGGUUGGAGCUCACAGCACAUGGCAGGGAUACGGUGCAAUUGUUUUUCUGUCCAUCUCCAUGUCCUCUAUUUUCCUCUUUCAUUUUUAAAUUGUAAUGUACCCCAUCAAUAUUAACAUCAAUGUUAAUGUUACGUCCACUGAUUCUCACCUUCAGUAGACCAAAAAUUAAAAUAUGUUGGAAUGUCUCACUCAGGCGCUACUGUAAGUGUUAAUAGCAAAUGUCUCUAACCCAUUGUCUGUGAUUUUGUCGCGUGUCUCCAUGUUCUGAAUGCUUUCUUGCACUGGUAUUCAAUUAUUGCAUUAUUUAUGUCUCUCAACAAUUGUGUGUGCUUUGUUUCAGAGGAAAUCCAUACUUAGUUUUAUGUUUAUACAUGGGACGUCACUCAUUAUUUGUCAAAUGUUAGACUGAUAUAAGCAGCUGUCUGGGUCCUGACGCAGACAGCUGCUUUGCAUCGCACGCCAUGACAAAGAUGGACUCUCCACCUGCAGCCCACUUUAUGUUUCAGAUCCAGUACUGUGGUUGCUGCCUGUUGAGAGGUGUUGUAUUUAAAACUCAGAGAGGAACCAUGUUAAAUAAUUUCCAUUAAAUGCUAUACAGUUCAGUAAGUGACCAUGUACAGAUACUUUUGUAUGGAGGGUUUUUUGUUAUUAAAGACUUGCAGUCCAAUGGCAUGGAUGUAUGUAGCCCCCUUUAA